GACAUUAGACAUUAGUCAUAUUGCAUUUGAUAAGGAGCCAUAAUAAGGAGUUAUUUUGGUAAAUAUGUUGGAAAUCUUCUAGAAAGCCAAAUUUUAAUUUUUAGUAUUGCUUGCAAGUGGUUUGCAAGGCUCUACAGUUUAACCGAAAGUGAUAACAUUUCUUUGUUGAAAACUUAAUAAUGGAUACCAAAAGAAAACUAUCGACUCAAGGAGAUUCACUCUAUGAAAUCUUAGCUCUUCCUAAAACAGCAUCUGGGGAUGAAAUAAAGAAAACGUAUCGUCGUUUGGCUUUAAAAUACCACCCGGAUAAGAAUCCUAACAAUUCAGAUGCGGCGGAAAAAUUCAAAGAAGUGAAUAGGGCUCAUUCUAUUCUAAGUGAUCCAACAAAAAGAAAUAUUUAUGAUAACUAUGGUUCUUUAGGGCUAUAUAUAGCAGAACAAUUUGGGGAAGAAAAUGUUAAUGCUUAUUUCGUAGUAACAUCUACCUGGUGCAAGGCUUUGUUCGUAGUAUGCGGUAUCCUAACUGGUUGUUAUUGUUGCUGUUGUCUAUGCUGUUGCUGUAACUUCUGCUGUGGAAAAUGUAAACCACGUCCACCCGAAGAUACAGGAGAUUAUCAUACACUAAAUCGUGAGGGUGGGCCAAGUACGGGUCAGCCAGUGAUAACUCAACCAGGUAAAAGACGGGACGAUGGCAGCGACGACGAACGAGCUGGUUCGCCAGUGACAAGUCAGCCUUCCCCUAAGAAGGGGCCUAAUAACCCAGUAUAUGCUAUGCCACCUCCGCCAUCUGCUGGUGAGAGUGCCGCUUUAAAUCAAGGCGAUGCACCUGUCUAUUACACUCCCGAUCUAAAGUAAGAAGUCAACAUUUUAAAUUGCAGAUAUGCGUGUCGAUUCCAAGCGAUGAGCAAAGAGGAUUGAUUACAAUAAGGAAGCUUAACCAAUUGACAAAAAUUACAUCAAUCACCUUUUUGCCUAGUCAACUUAAACAUAACUACAAUUAUUAUUAUGCACUGGUAUUAUUGUCUAAACACUUUAUUUUGUCUAUUUUUUGAGGCUGUAAUGGAGUAUAAAUAGUAAAAAGAAAAUAUAAGUAUUAUUUGUAUACUUUAAUUCACUGAUUGAAAAAUGAAAAAUGAAGUUAUAUAUUUUUAUUUCUCGUUUUAUUAAAUUUAAUUAGUUUGUACUUUUCCAUAUUGAAAUGCCAUAAAUUUUGAGACUGAGUAAUUCAUGGUAAUAUGUCCGCUGCUAACAGUUUUGAUGUUAAUCAAAAUUAACGUCUUUAGACAAUGAAAUUUCAGUGCUAUAUAAUAUGUUUAAGUUCAGUCGUCCGUAUAAAUUUUAUAGCUACAUAUUCAGGUGGCUUGUACAGUCAGUUAUUACGAACCAAUAAUGCUAAUAAAUCUAUAUAGCUUUCAAGAUAAUUCAGUUUUUAUCUGUGGUAUUUUAAUUUAUGUAUUAUUACUCUCAAUGUAUAAGUAACUUUAUUAGUUUUUUAUAGGUUAUAAGGUAUAUUUUCAAGAAACAUAGAUAGGUAGUUGAUUAUGUACACUUUGAUAUGUAUUUUAAAAAUUAUAUUUCAUAAUGUAAAAUGUUAAAUAGUAGCAUAUCAUUGUUCUGAAUAAAAGAGUAAGAGUUUAGUUUAUU